GCUAGUUGCAUCAGACAACAGCGAGUAGGCGAGGAUUCAUGUGCCUCUGCUGUGUAAGCUGACGGCUCUUUCUGUUUCACUUACAGAGAUGGCCGCUCUCUUCGUGUCCCCUCACCCCGAUGACUUCAGGAGCCUCCUGGCUCUCAUAGCUGCAGAGUUUGGUUCCUCCCGCCUGCAGACUCUCACAGAGGACCCUCCCGCGUCCCUGAAUGCCCGCUCCAGACCGACCCUGGUGCUGGACGCUCGGGACGGUGGCACCGUCCUGAGCGGGUCCAGCACUGUGGCCUGGUACCUGGCUGACCAGGGGAAGAGAGCUGGUGUGGAUGCAAAGCAGCAGAGCCAGGUGUGGCAGUGGCUCAGCUUUGCAGACAACGAACUCACCCCGGUGUCCUGCGCUGUGGUCUUCCCUCUGAUGGGGAUGGUGGGAGUGGAUAAGAAGCUCCAGCAGAGUUCCCGCGCUGAGUUGAUCCGUGUUCUGAAGGUUCUCGAUAAAGCCCUGGAACCGAGAACCUUCCUGGUGGGGGAGAGCAUCACCCUGGCUGAUAUGGCUGUAGCUACAGCUGUUCUUCUCCCUUUUAAAUAUGUGUUGGAGCCAUCGGACAGGAAGGUCUUGACCAAUGUUACGAGGUGGUUCACAACCUGCUCGAAUCAGCCACAGUUCCUGAAGGUGUUGGGGAAGAUCACGCUUUGUGAGAAGAUGGUGCCAGUUACACCGAAUGCAAACCCUCCAGCUAAUGCCGGAGCUGCUGAUGCCGGAGCUGCUAAUGCCGGAGCUGCUGAUGCCGGAGCUGCUAAUGCCAGAGCUGCUAAUGCCGGAGCUGCUAAUGCCGGAGCUGCUGGUGAUCCUGCUGAUGCCACAGCUAACGGCCCACCAAAGACAGAAGCACAGCUGAAGAAGGAUGCUAAGAAGAGAGAAAAGUUGGAAAAGUUCCAGCAGAAGAAGGAAAUGGAGGCAAAGAAAAAGACUCAGCCGUCAACAGAGAAAAAGGCCAAACCGGAGAAGAAGGAGUUGGGAGUGAUCUCAUACACUGUCCCCACUGCCCCUGGGGAGAAAAAAGAUGUCAUCAGCCCGCUUCCCGACUCCUAUAGUCCUGAGUAUGUGGAGGCUGCCUGGUAUCCAUGGUGGGAGAAGCAGGGAUUCUUCAAGCCGGAGUACGGGAGGGAGAGUAUCAGCGACAAGAACCCCCGCGGUGUCUUCAUGAUGUGUAUCCCUCCACCCAAUGUGACGGGAUCACUCCACCUGGGCCACGCCCUCACCAACGCCAUUCAGGAUUCUCUGACCAGAUGGCACAGGAUGCGAGGUGAAACCACCUUGUGGAACCCGGGCUGUGAUCACGCCGGUAUCGCCACACAGGUGGUGGUGGAAAAAAAGGUGAUGAGAGAGAGGGGCAUGAGCCGUCACGAUCUGGGCCGGGAAAACUUCAUCCAGGAAAUCUGGAAUUGGAAGAACGAGAAGGGAGACCGUAUCUACCACCAGCUGAAGAAGCUGGGCUCCUCUCUGGACUGGGACAGAGCCUGCUUCACUAUGGACGAAAAACUUUCCUACUCAGUCCAGGAGGCCUUUAUCCGCAUGCAUGAGGAGGGAGUGAUCUACAGGAGCAAGCGUCUGGUCAACUGGUCCUGCACACUAAACUCUGCCAUCUCUGACAUAGAGGUGGAUAAGAAGGAGCUCACUGGCAGGACUCUGUUGCCUGUCCCUGGCUACAAAGAGAAAGUGGAGUUCGGAGUGAUGGUGUCUUUCGCCUACAAGGUGGACGGGUCAGACGAGGAAGUGAUUGUGGCAACAACUCGUAUUGAGACAAUGUUGGGAGACACCGCUGUAGCCGUCCACCCUGCCGACUCCAGAUAUCAGCAUCUGAAGGGCAAAGUGGUGCUGCACCCCUUCUGUGACCGCAAGAUGCCGAUUGUCUUCGAUGACUUUGUGGACAUGAGCUUUGGAACAGGUGCUGUCAAAAUCACCCCGGCUCAUGACCAUAAUGACUACGAGGUUGGAGAGAGACACAAUCUGGCCUUCAUCAACAUUUUGGAUGAAAAUGGCCUGCUCAUUAAUGUGCCUCCUCCCUUCCUGGGCGUGAAGCGUUUCGAGGCCAGGAAGACAGUGCUGCAGGCUCUCAAGGACAGAGGCCAGUUUAAAGAGAUCAAAGACAACCCCAUGGUUGUCCCUGUCUGCAGUCGUUCAAAGGACAUCGUGGAGCCGCUGCUGAAGCCGCAGUGGUACGUAAGCUGCGCGGAAAUGGGCAAGCAGGCCGCAGACGUAGUCAGAGAGGGACAGCUCAAAAUCAUCCCCGAUCACCACCUCAAGACGUGGUUCAACUGGAUGGACAACAUCCGGGACUGGUGUAUCUCGCGGCAGUUGUGGUGGGGUCACCGUAUUCCUGCGUACUUCAUCACCGUUGACGAUGCCGCCGUGAAACCGGGAGAGGACAUGGAUGGUCAUUACUGGGUGAGUGGGAAAUCGGAGGAGGAGGCCAGAGAGAAGGCAGCAAAACGCUUCAAUGUGUCCGCUGACAAAAUAACCCUCAGACAAGAUGAGGAUGUUCUGGACACUUGGUUCUCGUCUGGCGUUUUCCCCUUCUCCAUCUUCGGAUGGCCUAAUGAGACCGAGGACCUGAAUGUGUUCUACCCUGGCACCUUGCUGGAGACGGGCCAUGACAUCCUGUUCUUCUGGGUUGCUCGUAUGGUGAUGAUGGGCCUCAAACUGACCGGCAAGCUGCCCUUCAAAGAGGUCUAUCUGCAUGCAGUGGUGAGGGACGCCCACGGGAGGAAGAUGAGCAAAUCUCUGGGCAACGUCAUUGACCCUCUGGACGUCAUUACAGGGAUCUCCCUCGAGGGUCUUCAUGCCCUGUUGAUGGACAGCAACUUGGAUCCUGUGGAGGUGGAGAAGGCAAAGCAGGGCCAAACGUCCGACUACCCAAACGGCAUCCCAGAGUGUGGCACAGAUGCUCUCCGGUUCGCUCUGUGUGCCUACACUAGCCAAGGUAGAGACAUCAACCUGGAUGUCAACCGCAUCCUGGGUUACCGUCACUUCUGCAACAAACUGUGGAACGCUGUGAAGUUUGCCAUGAAGACACUGGGAGACAACUUUGUACCAUCAGAGAAAGCCCAGUUGUGCGGAGAGGAGAACGUAUCAGACCGGUGGAUCCUGUCUCGACUGAGCGCAGCUGUUGGUCUCUGUGAUGCCGGCUUCAAGGCCUAUGACUUCACGACCAUCACGACCGCCAUUUACAACUUCUGGUUGUACGAGCUCUGUGACGUCUACCUGGAAAGUGUGAAACCAGUGUUCAGUAAGUCGGAGGAAGACGGCGCUGGCCAGAGACGGCGCCUGGUGUGCAGACAGACCCUUUACACCUGCUUAGAAGUCGGUCUGCGCCUUCUGUCUCCUGUGAUGCCCUUCGUCAGUGAGGAGCUCUAUCAGAGGUUACCACGUCGGCGACCUGAGAGUGAUCCGCCUAGCAUCUGUGUCACACCCUACCCUGAUACAGAGGAGUUCUGCUGGCACAGUGCGGAGGUCGACCGCGACAUGGAGUUCAUUAUGACUGUGAUCAAAACGAUCCGGUCACUGAGAGCCGACUACAACCUGACCAAGACCAGAGCCGACUGCUACCUCCAGUGCAUUGACUCUGCGACUGCGUCCCAGGUGCAGAAGUACAGUCUGCAGAUUCAGACCUUGUCUUAUUCUCAGGCCGUCAUCGCUCUGACAGCUAACCAGCCUGUCCCAGCAGGCUGUGCUGUGGCUAUCGCCUCUGACAGAUGUACCGUCAACCUUAUGCUCAAGGGUCUCAUCGAUGUGGAGAAGGAAGAGGCUAAGCUGAUGACAAAGAAAGGUGACUUGGAGAAACAGAUGGUGAAAUUGAGAGAGAAGAUGGCAAAGAGUGAUUACAAGGAGAAGGUGCCGGUGAAGGUGCAGGAGCAGGAUGCCGAGAAGCUACGGCAGAGCCAAACGGAACUUGAAAAAGUCAAAGAAGCCAUGGACAACUUCAGGAAAAUGAUGUGACUUCCCCCUCUGUUAUGUAAAUCAGGAUUUAUUUCCACAUUUUUCAUGUCUGUAUUAAUUUUACAAGUUAAUUGUUGUAUGGUGGGAAUUUAAUAAAGCUCUAAUGGUAGACAAUUGCCUUCAGCAGUGUAUUGUUCUGAGGCAAUCUUAUUAA